GGCAGUCGCGUCGCGAAUUUCAAGUGGAAUGGAUCUCUAUGUCGUCGCGCUCGUCAAUUUUGCAGUUUUAAGGAAUAUUUCCGGUAUCUAGUGGCUCGUUAAUGGAUCAGGAAGUUAAUGACUGUGAACGAAAAAGUUUAGAAACGUCAUGUAAUACUUACUUCAUCGAAGGAGAGUGGCAGAAUCAGCUAUUUCCUUCAUAGAGAAUGUACGGUGUGGUGGCCCACCAGAACUAUGGUCGCCAGGAGCGGCAGCGAGCAGGGGCGCACCAGGGGGGCGGAGGCGGAAGCGGCGGAGUCGGUGGAGGCGGAGGAGGCAGUUCCGCCUCCGCCCAGGGUGACUCCGAGAGGCAGCAGUCGACUCAUCAUCAUCGCUCGGCCAGGCAUCCCAUCACCAGGAGGUUCCUCAACUACAUCAGGCGGAGGCUCCAUCCUGAACCAGGUCAGGAACAUUCAUUGAUUUGUUGAUUAAUUACUGAUGGAAUGUCUAAAUGAUACAGAUACAAUAUGAUACAGAUACAAUAUG